AUGGAAUAUAGUGUCAUCUUUUCCAACAAAUCAUAUGAGAAAUACGGCGUCUUAGAGUUCGAGCCCGCCUGCGUGGUCAUCUCGGGCGUCCAGGGGGGCCUGGAGGCCGGCGCUCGCCAUGAGGUCAAGUGCGUGUCGUGGGGCUCGCGCCCGCCGGCCAACCUCACUUGGGACCUCGAGGGACAACAGGACUGGUCGCCGAUCGAGAUUUCUCAAACGAUAACAAGGACCGGCACCUCCGAGAGCCGCGUGGUCUGGCUGGUUCAACCGGAGGACAACCAGAGGAAGCUCUCCUGCACAGCGACCAACCCGCGCAACCACGACUAUGUCCUCACGAACAGCACCGCUCUAACCGUAUUCCAUCCACCAGUAGUGAAGUUGACCAUUGGUCGAGGACUUGACCCUUCGGCGAUCAAGGAAGGCGCUGAUGUCUACUUCACCUGCCGCGUCCGUGCGAACCCUCCGGCCAGCCGCAUUGUCUUUUACCAUGAGGGAACGGAGGUUUUGCCGCAGAAGAAGGAGGAAGGCGGUGUGCUGGUGACGGAGGAUUCGCUGGUUCUGCAGAAGGUGACCCGGGACGUGAGCGGGCGGUAUUCCUGCAGGGCCACCAACGCGCGGGGCUCCCACACCAGCAACUCAGUGCCCCUCGACGUCCUCUGUAAGUCUUGCUCACGUAAUGGCUGA